AUGGACGACGAAAAGAGACACCCUACCGAAUCGGUAGAAGAGCCGGAACCGGAACUCAAGCCGGCCUCUAUCAAAUCUCAUGAAGAAGACACUGAGUCCGAGCCUCAGGCACGCGAGAAAAGGGCUCCAGGACUUACCGAAAUUGAACUGGAAAGCCAACGAUCUGGCCUGCACCACGUGCGCUCUCAUGUCUCGACACACGAUGCCGCUAUCAUCACCACAGAGCCCGACCCGCACUAUGAGACAGGCGACGAGAUCUACGACCGCUUCACUUCACGCCACAAGAUGCUCAUCGUCGCCAUCAUGUCCUUCUGCUCGUUCCUGGCGCCCAUCUCAUCGACCAGUAUCCUGGCUGCGAGUCCAGAAGUCGUCAAGACGUACAAUACCACCGGAGCGAUCUUCAACAUCAGCAACGCGCUGUACAUGUUGUUCAUGGGAUUGAGUCCGCUGUUCUGGGGGCCUCUCGGGCAGACCUACGGGAGGAAAUGGCCUCUCUCCUGGGCCGCGGUGACUUUCACUUGCUUUUCCAUCGGGUCGGCUCUGGCUCCGAACCUGGCUUCGUACUUCGUGUUCCGCAUGUUGACUGCGUUCCAAGGCACGGCGUUCUUGAUCGUUGGUGGGACGGUCAUUGGUGACAUCUACAAGCCGGUGGAGAGAGGCACGGCGUAUGGAUGGUUCAUGAGCGGAACGCUUAUCGGUCCUGCAAUGGGUGAGUUAAAGCAAUACGGCCAAGUAAUCUGCUCUCACUGACAUGUCCCUCAUAGGUCCCUUCAUCGGCGGCAUCAUCGUCACCUUCGUCUCCUGGCGCAACAUCUUCUGGCUCCAAACCGCCCUCUCGGGCCUCGCCUCCCUCCUCGUAAUCUUCCUCCUCCCAGAGACAAUCCACCACCGCCGCAGCACCGAGCUGCAAAACCUCUCCCGCCCCCAACAAGCCGCGAAACUCUGGACCUGGAUCAACCCAGCCCGCAUCGUCAUCCUCUUCCGUUAUCCCAACCUCAUCGUCAUCGGGCUCGCCUCCUCCUCCCUCGUCUGGAACAUGUACUCCCUCCUCACGCCGAUCCGCUACGUCCUCAACCCUCGCUUCGGCCUCACCACCCCCCUCCAGUCCGGCCUCUUCUACAUCGCCCCCGGCUGCGGCUACCUCUUCGGCACCUUCUUCGGCGGCCGCUGGGCCGACCGCACCGUCAAGACCUUCAUCACCCGCCGCUCCGGCCAGCGCAUCCCCGAAGACCGCCUCCGCUCCUGCCUCACGGCCAUGGGCAUCGUCAUCCCCGCCUGCAUGCUCAUCUACGGCUGGUCGAUCGAAAAGGCCGUCGGCGGCAUCCCCUUACCCGUCAUCGCCAUGUUCGUGCAGGGCGUCGCCCAGCUCUUCUGCUUCCCCAGCCUCAACACGUACUGUCUCGACGUCAUGCAGGCGCGCAGCUCCGAGGUCGUCGCGGGGAAUUACUUCAUGCGCUACCUCUUCGGCGCCGCCGGUUCCGCGGCCGUCUUGCCCAUCGUCGAGGCUAUUGGCGUGGGUUGGUUCAGUACCAUUUCGGCUCUGUUCGUUGCGGCCGGCGCGGCCGGCACGUGGCUCGUCACGGUCUAUGGAAGAAGUUGGAGAGAAGCGAUCGAUAAGGGGAAGAAGAGCAACGAUGGAGACUGA